UACUCCCCCUCUCUCUCUCUUUCAUCACGUUUGUUUGCUCAUUCAAUUAUUUCCUUAAUCACGUCCAACUCUUACACUCUCUCUCCUCCUCCUCCUCCUCUUCCUUUCACUCACUUAUAUAUAUAUAUAUAUAUAUAUAUAUAUAUAUAGUCCUCCUCUCUCUCUCCCUCUUUCAAUUAUAUACACCCUCUCUUUCACUCGGUGCUAGCUAUUUAUCUUGGCUAGCUUCAACAGUCCUGGUACAUUACGACCUGCUACCGUUGCUCCAGCCUGACCAACUUCAAAAUCAGCAGCAAGGUUUACUGCUUAGAACAACCGACACCACUCUUUAUCUCCGACCCGUUCUGUUUAUAAGCAAACAAUUAGAUUUGUUUUAUUUUUUUAAAGGAGGGUGUUUAAAAAAAGACCAACAACAAAAACGCCCUCCCCACAUUGAUACGGAAUCGAAAGAUUUGAAAAGAAACCAGCCCAGAGCCGUCUCUUCUCAUUUCACUCUACAUCCACCGCCAACACAGCAUUUAUAUAUUUAUAUUCCUCACCAGCUUCUGCAGGGGUUUCUCUUCCCAACUACAAGCAAACAAGCAAACAUGGGCAUGCGACGUCAACGUACAAAGAAUCCUCCGAUCUUGAGCCAAGAAUAUUUCAUCCAGAAUCAUGCUGACAUCGUAUGUUGUGUUGCCAUGGUGUUUAUACUGGGCCUUAUCUUCCAGGUCACCUCUCCAGUGGCAUCCCUUUUUAUAGCAAUGCAACACAAUGUCACCGUCAAUGGCAGUGAAGAUUCCCAGGCUAAUUAUUACACUUAUGGACCAAAAGAUGCUUUUGCUGUAUUUUUUUACAUGCUUAUUUGCAUAAUUGUUCAUGCUAUCAUCCAGGAAUAUCUUUUGGAUAAAUUCAAUCGAAAAAUGCACCUUUCCAAGGUAAAACACAGUAAAUUCAAUGAGUCCGGCCAGUUAAUUAUAUUUUUUGGUUUAUCGGCUUUUUGGGGAGCAGACAUUAUUAUUCGGGAAGCUUAUAUCACAAACAUUAAUGCAUUAUGGGAAUAUUAUCCUCAUGCUGAAUUACCGUUUGUUGUCAAGCUUUUCUUCAUUGUACAGAUUUCUUACUGGAUCCAUUGUUAUUUUGAACUUUAUUUUCAAAAAAUUAAAAAGGAUGAAAUAUCUGCCAGAGUUCAAUAUAUCAGUUUUUACCUUGCUACUAUUUUAAUUGCAUAUGUACUCAAUUUCACACGGGUUGCUCUGUGUAUAAUGGUGCUUCAUUAUACGGUUGAAUUUGUUUUCCAUGCUGCUCGUUUGUUGCACUUUAAAGAAAAACAAGAAAUAGCAUCUAAUGUGUUUAUGGUAUGGAAUGUUUUGUUUGUAAUUGUACGACUGUGCAUAAUAACAUUGGCGUUUUUAACAUUCUGGUAUGGUUUAAGGAAGACUAGUCAAUCAUCAAUAGAUUUUCAGUCAGGCAAUUUCAAUACUAUGUUAAUCAGAAUAUUUUGUUUAUCUGCAAUCUGUUUGCUGCAAGUAUGGAUGAUGUGGAACUUUAUCAACUUCCAUAUUGUACGCAUGCGAGAGCGAAGUGCACUGUCAAACAAAAAAUCACCGAAGAAAAAGAUUAUCAAAUUGAGAGAUUCCAGCUCUGCUGUUAACUCUGACACCAACCACAGUACAGAAAACGGUGCUGUACGUUCUCGAGGCAAGGGAAAGAAGAAUUAACACAUCUGCUUCACUUUGUGACCGUUCAUCAUAUCAUCUUGUGUUGCUUGUUUUGUGUUGUUUUCGUUUGUCUUGUUUCAAAUCUGUUGUUGCAACACUCACAUCUCUUGUCCUACCCAGAUCCUUUCAUCUUUUUUUUUCUCCCCCUUCCUAUCCUUUAAUGAAACCUCAUCAUAUCCUGUUAUAAAACUUGUUUUUUUUUUUUCUUUUUUGGAUGUUGAAGUAAUAUAUCUAUAGGUAAAUGGACUCUAAAAUGCAAAGAGAAAAUGUGCAUCUUGUCUUUGUCAUUGGAAGAAAAACUUUUAUAUGUUUAUGUAUGGGGAAUGGAUCAAUCUAUUUUUAUAUAUAUUAAAAACUGUAUGUGUCUGCUUAAAUUAGUUAUUAGGUUUUAUUUUUUAUUGAAAUUGUUUCUUGGUUAUUUAACUUUUUUUUGGUUCAUUAUAACUAACUUUCAAAUGUUUUAAACUUCUUCAGUAUCAAAUUUAUCUUCCAAGUCAAAGCAAAGUAUUUGAGAACUUAGUCUUAUGUAAUAGAAUUAUUUGGUGUGUAUAUACUUAUAUACUCUGAAUAAACCACUACAUUUUUUCUUAACUUUGAAAUUAUGCCUAACAACAUAUCCUUUAUAGAAUUAAAUAUCUUCCAGGUUGGUAUGAGCCUAGCUAAAUAUCUAACUUCAUAGAUAGUACAUGACAAUCUCAAUAUUUAUAUAAACUUAAGUCUUUCUGUGAAGAUUAUGUUAAAAUGUAAGUGUUUGGAGACUCAGCUGUACUAUAUUUGUGGAGUCUAGAGUUUUAAAUUUUCAAUAAUUAAGUUGUUGAUCAUCAGAGGAAAUUUGGCUUUAACUUAAAGCAAUUUUUUACAAGUCUGUGUUGACAUACACAUUCUAAAUUUUACUCUUUAAGCAAAACACUUCUAUUUAUGUAGAAUUUAUGAAAAGCAUUCUUUCUGACUUCAAACAUCUCUUUUGUCCUUGAGGCACAUAAUCGUGAUUGCAAAAUUGAGUUAAAUAUGAGAAAAAAUAUAAUCCUACACACAGACUUAAAGAAGCUAUUUAAGUACCCCAGCUAGGGAAAAUAUUUCACAAAUAAUUUGCAACCUUUUGAGAUAUGUAAAUACUACCUGUUAAAAUGAAUAUUUACUUCAAAACAAAAUCACGAAACUCUCUCUAUAUGUACUACAAAUCUAAAGGUAUCCUUACACAAAAUAGGACCUUUUGUUCAGAGAAAGGUUUCAUUAAAGUUACAGAAAAAAAAAGCUAACCAAAUAGAAUAACGAUCAUUGUUGGCUUGUGAUGUGAAAAUUCACAUCCCACUCACUGCAGUCAGUUCAUAAUGUCCCUUAAAGCAGAAUGCUUCUAUUUCUUACCUCAGUCUUACUUCACUGAAGAUUAGUUACAUGUCUGGGGAAAGUGACCUACGAUUAGACUACAUUCUCUCCAAGAAGGGAUUUCUCAUGUUUAACUCUAUAGAAACUAUGGGUUUGGAAAGAAUUAACUUUUUAUUGAAGUUGCUAAGAGAAAAAAAAAGGUGGGGGUGGCCCCAACACAAACU